AUGGAAGUUUCAGCCGCAAAGAAAGCUCGAUCGCCGCCGCACAUGCCAAUUGAGAUGAUUCGCCAUAUACUUUUCAAAUUGAAGAUGAAAGCUCUGAUCCGAUGCGAAUGCGUAUGCAAAGAAUGGCGAUCCACAAUAGAAGACCCCGAUUUCAAGCUCUCCUACCGCGGCGGCCGGCGACUGCUUGUGGCGGCGGCGUCCGACAGAAACUUAGCCUUUACAUCCAUAACCACCGACGGCACUCCCCGCAUCAAAACGCUAUUCAGUGAGGGUGAUUGGCGGUCCGGUAUUUGGUGUUCUUGCAACGGCCUCGUGCUUUUCUCCGUGAGACAGCAUAUUCUGUUGUGGAAUCCCUCCACUCGCUGCUGCACAAAAGUGCUUGAGAUUUGUCGACUUUUGAAUCCUUAUCUGUGGUAUCGUUAUAAUGAGGUCUCAGCCUCAGGGCUAUGUUAUGUCCCGUCCACGGGAGAUUACAAGGCUGUUCUCUUAUUCCGGCCGGAUGGAACUGCUAUGGUUGCCAGCCUCAGGAACAAACAGUGGCAAAAAGUGUCGUUUCCUUUCCACGCAAUGUCCGUUAGAGACAGCGGGGUUAAUUUUCGCAACACACUCCAUUGGAGGGUAGCUCAUUCCGCUACGGAUUGGUGUUCCUCACGGAGAUGCAAAAAAGUGGUUUAUUUCGAUGCAGAGAGUGAUGAAUUCAAAGAGCUACCCAUCCCUACUUUUCCGGCGAAAAGUUCUGCAAUUCUAGGGUUGGGAAUCAUAGACGACGGCUAUCUCUGUAUGGCUCGGGAGAAGAGGAAGGAAACAGGGGAGGUUGAAGUGUUGGUUAUGAAGGAAUAUGGAGUGAAGAAUUCGUGGAUUAGUCAGUUUGUUAUCUCUGGCUCUCAGUUCAGAUCUGAUUAUCAUCGGGACUUUACAUUGUAUUCUUCCAAAUACAGUACACAAGUGUUGAUUGGGAGCUGUUUGUAUGGAUGGUGGGGAACAUUAGUUUAUCAUUUCAAGAAUAAGAAGCUGGAGAAUUUCUUAGAAGCAGAAGCAGAAUCAGGACAUAAAAAUCAUACUGCCGCUAUAUGUUCCUAUGUUCAGAGUUUUGUUUCGCCACAAGAGUUUAGUUGGAGAGAUGAUGAUGAUGAGCGCAAAAAUGAUUAUGUGUUGAGAUUUAUUUUAAAAGAGUUUAAUAUCUGA